AUGUGUCUGCGCUCCCUCACUUCGUCACAACAGCCAUCACACUCGAUCAAGCGACGAGGCACCAAGAUGAUCGCAUACACUAUCGCUGCUUUGACCGUUCUCCUCGCCGGUACCGCUCGCGCUGUACAGUACGAUGACCUCGAUGGCGGCAACAUGCCGCGUUGUUUGCUCGAGAUCCAUGUCCCGGAUGUACCCAACAUGGCAACGUUGAUGUCCAAGUUCGAAUACCGUGCUCUCGACGGAAUCAUCUCGUCUGCUACUUAUCUUCCUGAUCGCGCGGGCGUACCCACGGCCAACGUGACCCCAGCGGGCAAACAGAAGUUCAAAGGACAGUACCUGAACGCUUCACGCAUCCAAUUCAAAGGCAAUUCUGGUGGCCUUGACGCAGACUUCACCAUCACUGUUCUCUACAACAAGCCCAACACACUCGAUCUCUGGUUCAUCGACGACAUGUCCGUCAAUGGUCACCCCGCUGGGAUCGCCAACGCAAACCUCUGGUGCGGCGCCACAGUCAAACAGCCCUCCGAUUACCCAGGCUGCUCGCUCGACAAGCUCGCCACAUGCUAGUAGCAAGGCAGAACCGACAAUCUUCAGGUCCUCGAUGCAUCUUUUGUGAAACACAACGCUGUCAGUCGCGGCUCGCCCAUUGCAUGAAACCUCCCUCCUCAGUAUGACCUGCUUAAACCAAGCUUCGUUUCUACCCACAUGACCGCUCAAGAGAUCAUGUUCCGGGUUCUCGCAAUCUUUGCACUCUUCUUCUCGUCAAGCCUCGCUAUCGUCGUACCACAGCGUUCGACCGGCCU